AACCCCGACCAUAUGCCUCAAACACGAACCCAUAAUAACGUAGCCAUCUCCGUAAUAACGACAUGGCUUCAUCGUCCUCAACCUCCCAAACCCUAACCAGCAAGACAUUUACCGGACUAGGUAACCUCAUCAAGCUCCUCCCCACCGGCACCGUCUUCCUCUUCCAGUUCUUCAAUCCCGUUGUCACCGACGCCGGCCACUGCACCACCGCCACCAAUAAGAUUCUCACUACUGCCCUCUUAGUCGCCUGCGCCUUCAACUGCUGCUUCGCCUGCUUCACCGACAGCUACAUGGGCUCCGACAAACAACGACACUACGGCAUCGUCACCAUCAAGGGGCUGUGGCCGGCGCCGGCGUCCGACAAGGUCGACAUGGCCAAGUAUAAGCUCAGGGUGGGGGACUUCGCGCAUGCUUUAUUGGGGUUGAUCGUGUUCGCUGUUCUGGCGCUUCUGGACGCCAACACGGUGAGCUGCUUCUACCGGCGGUUUGAGUCGGCACAGAAGAUUCUGAUUCAGGUGAUUCCGCCGGUGAUCGGGGUGGCGGCCGGCGCUGUGUUCAUGCUAUUCCCUAACACUCGCCAUGGAAUUGGGUACCCUUUCACAUCCGGUGUCGAGAAUAACAAUGAUAAUAGCAAGGACAAGAAAGAGACCACAAAUAACACCAAGCGUGCUGGAGUAUAGCAAAAAUAAAUUAAUAUUAGGGAACAUUCGUAUAUUAGCUAGUUGUGUUCUGGGACACUUCAUUAACAGUUGAGAUUGAAGAAUUCGUGUGUGACAAGUCCAAUUAAGUGUUAUGUUUAACCAGAGCCUAUACGUACAGUAUGCAGGAAUUGAUCAUCGCGCUCGCGCAUCAAUUAUUUAUUUCUCUUGUUUAUAUUUUCUAGAACAUUAAUUAAUUUGUCUAUUGAAGUCAGAUUUAUCUGUUUCGUUUUCAAGU